AUGGAGAUGGCCGACCCAAGAAAAUUUGGCAAGGAAGUUAAAGAGACAAUACUUGUUAAAUUAAUAGAAGUGAUGUCUCUCAUGCAGCAAAGGGGUAGCUCCUAUUUUAUCAAUACUCCUAAGAGAAAACAAUAUGUAUUUGUCCUUGUUCGUCACGUUUUCUAUAACGAUGAAGCUCUGAAGUUACUUUUUACAUCCAAGAAUGGGAUGGAGCUGUUACUGCAUCUUCUUGUUAGGGAGCGAGACGAGUCAACGAUUUACAGAAUUAUUCAUGUAUUAUAUGCGCUCUUGCUCGCACGUGUCGCUGAAAAGCUUUACCAGAGUUAUCGCGUGGUGGAAUAUGCUUUACUUGCUCUUAGGGCAGUAAGCGAUAUUGAAGAGAUUCGGUGUAAUGAUAACGGUGUUACCAUAAACCAUGUUAUGGUUGUUAUGGAGCGGUAUCGUUGUGGAGUUUUUGAGUUUGAUAGGAAUGCAGCUGGUGGUUGCGAUAUUGAGAGAUUCAAAAGUUUUUCGUAUAUUUUAAGUAUUGGAGUUGAGUUCUUGGGCAAUAUAGCAGCUAGCGGCCGUGGCGUUAAAAAUCAAAAUAAAGAUUUCAUCAUUGAAAGUGGUGUUGUUAUACCGCAUAUGAUCUCCCUACUCGGUUUCUAUAAAAGGGCUCGUUUGAAAUGGUCCGAUGUUAGCGAAGUGGAAACCCUAAUUAGUGAAAUAAUUUGGGCUUUGAAGAUUUUUACUGGUACCUGUUUAUCUAAAGAGCAUACCGUUAGGGCGAGCGUAGAUCUGCUGCGAGCCCCAGGUUCUCCUGAUUUGUUACUUCAAGAACUGGCUGAAACAACAAAUUUGAAUUGUCGCUUUGACAUCUUGAAUAUCUUGAUACGUGUGGCAGAGAUGGAUCCUUUGAAUCACCCUCAGCGGCUAAGAAGUGUUACCUUACGUGGAACCCAAUCUGAAGUCCUUGGCGAAGCAAAUCAUUCUGAAAGCCUAUGUUCUUCUGUUACUGCUAGCAAAUUCAAACCUGAACAUUGGGAACGAAAUAAGAUGCGUCUGGUUCGUUUUAUUUUCGAUACAGCCUCCAUAAUUGGCAGUGGUAUCAACUGCAUACCCUUCGGGGCAAUACAACCGCACGAUAAUGCAAUAUUCAGUGGACUUUUUAGUGGAAACUACCAGGUAGCCGAUUUCCUGUGGUCUGUGGUCGACGACGGAGAUCUUGUGAGAUACGCUCUCGAGUUCCUCACUUUUGUUGCAGCAGAUGAAACAUUCCGAGAAUACUUCUCGAAAGACCUAAACCUGAUUAGCGCUGUACGACAUCUUGCAGAACAAGUCAAUGAAAAUUGAGACGGUUCAGGGAGUUCUAUGGUGAGGGAUCAUGGAGUCAGCCAUAUUAGAAGUGCCGGCAUUUUCCAAGGUUCCCUAAGCAGGGGCAGGAAAACCCCAGCCAUUAAGGGCGCAAACUUUGUGGGUUUGAGCGCUCUAUCUGUGGCCCUUAGACAAGCGCAUCAAGCCAUCUAA